UGGACCAGCAGCAGCAGCAUCACCUGAGAACCUGUCAGAAGUGCUCCGAGUCCUGCCUCUGGGGCCUCCUGCGGGGCUACAACUCCCUGCCGUGCUUCUGACGUGCCAGCCCCUGUGCCCUGGGGACCCUCUGUGCAUCAUCUCAUUUAAAACUCACAAACACACCACCGGACGUCACCUUAUUUCUCCCAUGUUUUUCAGAUGAGGAAGCCAAAGUCCAGUGACCUUAAGAGACUUGCCUGGAGUAACCCAGGCGGACCCCAACCCCGCCCAGCCUGCCAGGUGUGUAGCUCCUGGCUUGGGCUAAGUGUGAACGAGCCCCCCCGCCCCAGGACCGCGCCUACGUGCCAGCCCUCAGCCCUGCCGCCCCUGGUUCCCUCCCUGUCCCCCCCGCAGCCGGUCCUGAAUCUUUUCUCAAGAGACAAGGCUGGGCCAUCCCAGCAGGGGGUGGGACGAGGGGCGGGAGCCAAAGUCACACCUCGUGAGCAAGCCGCACCUCUGCCAAGGCCCUCGCCCGCCCUGCCUGGGGGAGCGGCAGGGAGGACAGAGGCUCCGGGGCUGGCAGAUGGCAGCACGGUGAGCAUGUCCCGGACCCCAGCCCAGCCCGCACCCCACAGCCCGGAGCAAAGCCUGCUGGGCAGCUGACCUGCGGAAUGCCAAGGCAGCCGCUCUGUGCUCACCUCAUCCGACCCAGAUGAUUUACAAGGAUGUUUCCUGCUCUGAAACUGUGUCUUAGAUUCUAGAUUUGCAUGGGACAUGUGAGAAGUCUGGCCAGGACAUGGGAGUCUGAAAUGCGAAUGGCUGUGGACCCGGCUCUCUGCUCAGCCUAACCUCAUCUCCGCUCGAGGCUUGGGAGUGACCCCCUGUCCCCCCUGACGUGCCUGGCUUUGCACCUACGCCUCUGUCCCCCACAUACGCACGCACCCAAGAGGACUCUUCUUCUCUAGCAUAUCUGGGCAGGGCGUCAGGGCUCAGGAGGAGCGAGGAAUCAGGCCCCUCAUCCCAGACCCAGAGGCCGCCAUGGCGGCCUGUGAUUUUGUGACUGACGCCAACAUCUCGCCCGGCCUUGAGAGCAACGCCACGGGCAUCACGGCCUUCUCCAUGCCCGGCUGGCAGCUGGCGCUGUGGGCCACGGCCUACCUGGCCCUGGUGUUGGUGGCCGUGACGGGCAAUGCCACGGUCAUCUGGAUCAUCCUGGCCCACCAGAGGAUGCGCACGGUCACCAAUUAUUUCAUUGUCAACCUGGCCCUGGCUGACCUCUGCAUGGCCGCCUUCAAUGCCGUCUUCAAUUUCGUCUACGCCAGCCACAACAUCUGGUACUUCGGCCGUGCCUUCUGCCACUUCCAGAACCUCUUCCCCAUCACGGCCAUGUUCGUCAGCAUCUACUCCAUGACCGCCAUCGCCGCUGACAGGUACGUGGCCAUCGUCCACCCCUUCCAGCCGCGGCUCUCAGCCCGCGGCACCAGAGCGGUUAUUGCAGGCAUCUGGCUGCUGGCCCUGGCCCUCGCCUUCCCCCAGUGCUUCUACUCCACCAUCACCACAGACCAGGGCGCCACCAAGUGUGCGGUGGUCUGGCCCGAAGACAAUGGCGGCAAGAUGCUCCUUUUGUACCACCUCGUGGUGAUCGCCCUCAUCUACGUGCUGCCUCUCGUGGUGAUGCUCUUCGCCUACAGUGUCAUCGGCCUCACGCUCUGGAGACGCGAGGUCCCCAGGCACCAGACGCACGGCGCCAGCCUGCGCCACCUGCAGGCCAAGAAGAAGCUUCCAGGAGGACAUCUACUACCACAAGUUCAUCCAGCAGGUCUACCUGGCGCUCUUCUGGCUGGCCAUGAGCUCCACCAUGUACAAUCCCAUCAUCUACUGCUGCCUCAACCACAGGCUCUAGGCAUUUCUGAAAUAACCUCAGAAUCUUCAGUAGUUGGCGACACCAGCUCCAGAGCAGGACUAGUGCUCCUGGCAGCAGCCUUCAUUCAUUCACAAUACGCUCACGAGUGGCUACACGUGCCCGCACCGUUCCAGGCACCUGGGACACACCGGUUUCGCUCCGGAUUCCGGCUUGCUUUCCGUUGCUGCCCAUGGGUCACGGCGACUGAGGAGGAUAAGAUUGAGCUGACUCACACUCCAUCCCUCUCUGUGAAGGUCAACAGGUGUCACACUAAAGAGACUUUUUUCAUGGCUGGGGACACAGCCCCCUCCGAGGCUACCAACGGGCCGGCCGGGGGCCCCCAAGACGGGCUGCCUACUCAACCCUGAAGCCUUGUGCCUGGCUGCCGGGUCAGGCUUCGCACCCUUUGAGAAGUAGCCAGUUGAGAGGUCCAGAUCUGGAAGUCUGACCCACGCCCCAGCCUUCAGCACGCCCGUGGAAAGACAAGAUGGGGCCGGGAACUCUGCAGUGGGUGCUAACUCUUGAGAGGGCCCAGUCACCCCUGACCGUGCUUCACGGCAGCCAGGAAGAGUCAAAGAAGACCGUGUGAGCUAACGCUGGUCUGAUCCAGGUGCCGCACGCCCCGAAGUCUUCCUGGAGCACACAACUUAAUGAGUGAACUGGAGCCGGUAUAAAAGAGACACGGCAACUGUGAUAAAAGGCAGCCGACUUCCAGCGUUGGGGUAACACGGAGUUCCGGGUACCGUGGCAGCUGGAGGGCCAAGGGGACAGCUGCCGAUCAGCUCCGGACAGAUGUCGCCGUGUGGUACUGGGGGCCCACGGUUGCCAGACCUUCUAAAUCUCUCGAGACACGCCAGAAAUCCAAACCUGUGGGGCUUCCAGACCUGUAUGUACAGUUUGGCUCACGUUUUUAUAAAUAUUGGUGAAACCAAACUGAACACCCGUGGGCAGCACCCACUGAUUUAUGAUCAGGCUACGGACACAGGGAGGAAGCUUCUUAUUUUGCAAAGCCUGUGAGUGGAUCCGACCGGGGCUUCUCCGCUUCAGCAUCUGAACGCAGAUCCAGCUCAGUGGAGGUGGUGGUUGAGUCAAAAGGGGCCUCAGCUGCGUUGCCUCAGACCAGUCACCGUGAACUAGCACGCCAAACACAUGUUAAGUGCUUCAUAAACAGUCACCGUGAUUUUUAUCGACACCAAGCCGGCGAUUUCACACGAAUGCCUCCAGGAAGUGGGCACCAGCCUUCACCCUCGCUCCAGCAACAAGAAGGUGACGGGCAGAGAACGCCGACCGUCUCGACUCCCAGAGAGCUCCAGGCCCGGCCCAGUCCACCCCAAGGACAUCCUUCUCCCCGCUUGCCGACUCACCCUGCACACCCCCCGCCCCUCCGGAAGAACCACAUAACGCUGUAAAUGCAAGAGAGUUUAAUGCUGUGUUGCCCACAAAGAUCACUGUGCCAUAGGGACCGGCAGCACCAAAUAAAGGGACUCCGCUCUUGACAUGCCAAGGGAACAUGCAGUCAGUCCUGGAGGAAGCCACGUAGGGCUGGGGUCGUGGCUUGGGAGAAUCACGUGGCACCUCCAUCACCAGGUGCGGACCGAUGUGGGAUCCGUUGAUGAGCCGUGGGGGUAGAACAGCAACCUCCAGGUUGAGGUCGGGUAGGGAUGGAAGGGUCAGAGGAGGAUCAGCUUCCUGGAGAAGGGAUUCGUUAAAAGUGGGAGAGGAGGACAACGCGGGCAACAUGCCAGCCCGGGGCCUGCUGCGAGACUUCAUCUGCGCUGGAACAGGGGGCCUACGUCGUCUGUUCUCUUGGCAGAGGGUGACCAAGGGCGGGGUCUACCUGGGGAUGGCAGUAGGGAGACCAGAGUUGCACUGUCCUCUCAUUAAAGCCAAACAGCCUCUGGAAGGCCCUGGGGGA